AUGUUCUCGGAAUGCUUGCGCAAAUGCAUAGAUGCGUCGAGGUUCCUUGCACAGUCACAGUCGCGGCUCUCAAGUUUUGGCCAGCCAGAUGGCGAGCCAUCAAAUAGACAACCUCAAGAUGGCGCCUCCCGCUUCCCCCGGCAUCCCGCCCGCUCUACAUACCAGAGCAGACUAGGAAACCCGUAUCAGUCAGGGUCGAGACUCGGCGCUUUUGGUUCGCGAUACAACACCAGCCAGGACGCUGCACCGCUAUUCCACAGUGCUGUCAAUGAAUUUCAAGACGAGGAUGAGGACGAUGCGCGUGAGGCGACGGACUUUCGAGCCCUGCAGCGGUCGCGGCGAGUCUUCAUUUCCAGUCGCUUGGAUGAGAGCUCCGCGUCGGAAAACGAAAACAGUCAUGCAUCUCUCGGCGAGAGUGCCGAGCAGGGCUGUCGUCUAUACGAGGAAGGAGGCCGUCCCAUGGGCAUAAAGAGCAGCUGGAACGGUGAUUCAAGCUUCAAGGACCGGCCCACGAGGCAGACUCUCAAGGAAAAUAUGAAAGGUUCGGCUGUCGCAAGGGCUGCGCGACAGGAUUCUGACAGCAGUGGUGAUGGGAAAAUGGUGGAUAUAGGCCUCGAGUCUGCGGUGCUGGACAACGAAGUACCGGAAGAUCUGCUCCAAGAGACAUCAACAGAUGCCGACCCUCCCGCGUUUCAGCAAUUCAGAGAUCCCAAGGCCUCAACAUACGACCCACGUACAUUACGGCAUCAAACUAUCAUGGAAGAAGAGGAGCCAAUCGAAGAUGCAGCUUUGGAAGCGCCAUCAGUCCCCAUGUACACGGAAUUGUUUCAGAAUGACCAGUUUUUUGCAUUCAUUUAUCUGAUUGCCAUGGCAUCACUGUUCUCGACUUUUGUCCUGGUAUGGCUGCAUACAUCGACACCCAGCAAGAAAACACCACUGGGCGAUACUAUUUAUACAACGCUGCAUGCGUCCUUCUAUCUGCUGGCCGUUGACACAGUAAUCUCGGUCAUUGUGGCUAUGGUCUGGAUGGCAUUAUUGCGAUCUUUCGCAAGACCUCUGGUUGUUUUGAUAAUAGUUGGGAGUCCCAUUGUCCUAAUGUCCUUUUCGCUGUAUCCCUUCAUCUCGAGCUUCCAGGGCGGAUCAAAGAGACUCGCGCUCCAAGAUACAGUGAUGAGAUGGCUUUCGCUCAUUCCUGCUGUCGGCGCCAUUGUCCUGGUUUACCUCAUCAAUCGGUCUCGCUAUCAGCUGCACAAGGCGAUCGAGUUGCUGGAGUUUUCUACCAGGAUCCUUGCCGCCAACCCAGCCCUCGUUUUGCUCGGUUUCGGCUCCUUGGUUUUCGUCGUUGGAUGGACCUGGAUCUGGUUGGGCAUGUUUACUCGCGUCUUCCUUAGUGGGUACUUUUCCAAAUCCCUUUCCGCCUUUAUCAUUGGGGCAGCCACAUGGUGGAUCGGCGUCUACUUCUUUUUGAUGUAUCUUUGGACCUUGUCCGUGGGGACUGGUGUCAUCAGAGCCACCACCGCCGGCACGGUUAGUAACUGGUACUUUCAUCGCAACCGACAGCCACCGACACCUUCCAACGCUGUUGUCAUGGAUGCACUUGGUCACGCGACAAAUUCGACCUUUGGAACCAUUUGCGCAGCAACACUUUUACAACUCGGCGUUCGUGCUCCAUUGCUCAUUCUACCCGCCAGGGUUGCUAGAAUAGUAAACUUGGCCGCCUAUUCACUGAUACCGGCAUCGAUUACAUUGUUGACGAACCCAUUGGUCUUGACAUAUGCUGCGAUUCAUAGUGUGCCGUUGAUGGAAUCGGCCUCGAGGCUGUCUCGGAUGCCCUUCUUGAACAUCAACGAGGGCGCAACGACACACUUGAUGCCGGGUACUUUCAAUCGGCGAAACCACAACGUCAGCGGCCUCGUACCCUAUGGCCUGGCCAAGCUAUUACUCAAUGCCACAAGGAUGGUCAUGUCCGUGGCACUUGGUUUUGCAGGCUGGGUCAUGACAGCACAUCAGCUGCAGGGGCAACGACCAGACGGCAUGGGGUAUCGGGGAAGUGCUUAUGCUUACGUCGUGGGACUCGUGGCAGGUGCCAUUGGCUUCAGUAUUCUGGGUUCACUUGAGAGUAUACUCGUGGGAAUUUUAGAUGCCGUGGUUGUUUGCUACGGUAGUGAGCGAAGGUUGGGUAGUGGGCGCAUGGGAUAUUGCAUGGAGGCUGCCCAUCUUUUUGGAGACAGUGACGAUGGAAGAGAGGAUGUCUGA